UCACGUGGUUUUCUGACGUCGGCUAGCCAAACAGAAAGCCCGUAAACAGUAGUUGUACAGAGAGCGCUUGAAAACUCAAAGCAUUUCGUGCACGAAGGGGUUUCGCUUGUGUGGUCUUACCUUGUGACCAUGCAGAACGUCAUCAAUUCUGUGAAAGGCACAGCUCUCGGGGUGGCUGAGUUUCUAACACCCGUCCUGAAGGAGUCCAAAUUUAAAGAAACUGGAGUUAUAACUCCCGAGGAGUUUGUUGCUGCAGGAGAUCAUCUAGUUCAUCACUGCCCCACAUGGAAAUGGGCAUCAGGAGAAGAAGCAAAGGUGAAGCCAUACUUGCCCAAGGACAAGCAGUUUCUGUUAACCCGUAAUGUUCCAUGUUACAAGCGUUGUAAACAAAUGGAGUACUCUGAAGAGCUGGAGGCCAUAAUAGAAGAGGAUGAUGGAGAUGGAGGAUGGGUCGACACUUAUCAUAACUCUGUGAGCGGUGUGACGGAGGCAGUUCGUGAAAUCUCGGUGGAUAACAAAGAUAAUAUGAACAUGAAUGUGCACUUGGGCAGUGGAAUUAGUGAUGAUGACGAUGAUGAAGUGGAGGCAGCAGAUAUGAAGGAGUAUGAAGAAAGUGGGCUUUUGGAGACGGAUGAGGCCACUCUUGACACAAUUAAACUGGCAGAUACAACUAAAUGGAAGGCUGAAGCAAGCGGAGAAGAUGCCAUUCUUCAGACAAGAACCUAUGAUCUAUACAUAACUUAUGACAAAUACUACCAAACUCCUAGGCUGUGGCUUUUUGGAUAUGAUGAGGAAAGACAGCCCCUCACUGUUGAUCAGAUGUAUGAGGACAUCAGCCAGGAUCAUGUGAAGAAAACAGUCACCAUUGAAAAUCACCCACACCUGCCUCCUCCUGCUAUGUGCUCCGUGCAUCCAUGCAGACAUGCUGAAGUGAUGAAGAAGAUCAUUGAAACCGUGGCUGAAGGUGGAGGAGAGCUUGGGGUUCAUAUGUACCUCUUGAUUUUCCUGAAAUUUGUGCAAGCUGUUAUUCCAACAAUAGAAUAUGAUUACACAAGACACUUCACAAUGUAACUUCCCAGGAUUACAGCGAGAGUUGUUCAUUAAAGAAGGGCUGUAUGAAAGUGCAGGCAGUGGCUAACAACACAUUUACACAAGCCAUUUUAAAUAAUUAAACAAUGUUAUGUGAUUUUGAUUGGGCAAGAGGUUUAAAGGAUUGUUAUUCCCAGCUGUAACUCCAUAUGGCAAAUUCCAGUCUUGUUUUCAGAGUAAGUCAAUCUCAUGCUUGCAUCAUGCUGUAAAGUUUUAUAUUUACACUGGAUUGGAACACCACCACCAGGCACUCGUAUAUUACUGGUGAAUAAAGUGAUCAUUCUAACCA